AUGACAGAAAGACUGUUCAAAGUUUUAAUUAUUGGCGAUGCCACUGUCGGGAAAACAUCCUUUGUGCAGCGUUAUGUUAAUGAUUCGUUCAGACGUGAGUACAAGACAACGAUUGGAGGGCAAGAACGUUUUUCCUCGAUGACCAGAGUCUAUUACAAAGAUGCCUCAGCAUGUGUAAUAAUGUUUGACAUCACCGCCAAGAAAACAUUUCAAAAUAUUCUCAAAUGGAAGAAAGAUCUGGAUACAAAAGUCAGUCUUCCAGAUGGCCAACUUGUGCCCUGUCUGCUCGUAGCAAACAAGUCUGAUUUACCAGACAGGCCUGUGUCUGAAGACGAGAUUGAACAGUUGGCCAAAGAUAAUGAUUUUAUAGGUUGGACAGAAAUGUCAGUCAAGGAAGGUGCCAAUGUCAACGAUGCAAUGAAAUUUCUUCUUGAUGAGAUUCUUGCGGCUCAUAGUAUCAAUGCAAACAACACAACAGACGAUAGACGGGAUGGUGGCCAUAUUACAGUAAAAAACGACAGAGACACCAUAAACAAUAAGAGCUGUGGAUGUUGACAUACAGCAUAUAUAUUGGAUUGAAUUCAAGUAUUUUAGUAAAAUUUGAUUGAUGUCCAAGAAACUGACCAUUUUGGGUACUGAGGUGGCUAACCAAACCCGACUUGUACACACUCAACUUCUUUAUAUGUUGGGCACCUCUGACCCAAUGUUGGAAAAUUGAUAUUAUACAUGGAAACUCACACUGAAAUCUUUAAAAGGUUUUUUAGUUUCCACCUUAUUUUGGUUGAGAUGCAGCAUACCCUGUGACAUAAAGGAACAGUUUAAGAGUCAUGGUUGGCUGAUCGUUUGAUACCGCCGUGUAAAUGACAACAAUAAACUGUUGAAAGAA